CCCUUCCCAGCUCCGUUCCCUUGGCUGCCCCAUCCCACUGGAGCAGCCCCUGGGGCUCAGCUCGGGGCUGAGGGCAGGUGCAGCAUCCAGGGCUCCUGGGACACCCACCUGAGCCUGUGCCCCGUUUUCCAGCCCUUUCCUGGCUCAAAUCCCUUUUGCAUCCCACAGGAGAGUUCACCCCGGAAAUGCAGCUCCGGAUCCGGCAAGAGAUCGAGAAGGAAAAGAAGGUGGAGCUGUGGAAGGAGCACUUCUUUGAGAGCUACUACGGGCAGAGCUCCGGGCUGAGCCCCGAGGAGUCGGAGCGGCUGACGGAGGCAGAGCCCGCCCGGCCCCGCAGCCCCCCGGGCCCGCAGCGGGAGCAGGGCCGGUCCCCGGCAGAGCCCGAAGCACGGCCGGGCCCCGGGGCAGGGCCUGGAACAGGAACAGCACGGGAGGGAGGAGAGGUCCCGCAGCCCAAGGCAGCCGGAGCAUCCCCGGAGCGACGGGCGGCCAGAGCCGGGGAGCGCUGCGGGCCCGGCCGGGACAGAGCCCGAGGGGACGCCCUGCCCGAGCCUCCCUGCAGAGCCACCGGCCACGGGACACACGAGCCGGGGAAACCCGGGGAGGGGAAGGAGGCUCCGGGGGCCCCCGGCAAACCAAAGAGCCCCGAGGCGGCCGAAGGAGCCAAGCCACAAAGCCCCGCGGCAGCCCCGGACGCGAAGGGCCCCGGGAGCCAGGCCAUGGAGGUCGGAGUGGAGCCCCACAAGAGGAAAUCGGAGAGCGGGGAGGCAGCUCCGGGCUCCCCCGAGAAGAAGCCCCGCGUGGCCGAGCCCUUCCAGCAGCAGGACUUUCGGAAGCAGCCCUUUCCCGGCACGGUGCCGCGGGUGCCCCCGCUCAAGAUUCCCGUGUCCAGAAUCUCCCCGAUGCCAUUUCCUGCGGGCCAGGUCUCUCCCAGGGCACGCUUCCCGCUGUCCCUCAGCAGUCCGGGCAGGACAGGGGCCAGGACCUUGGCCGACAUCAAGGCCAGAGCUCAGCAGGCCAAGGCUCAGAGGGCAGCGGCCGCCGCCGCCGCCGCCUCGGCCGGGGGAGCCGUGCCGGGGCCCGGCCCGGGCGGGGGGAGACCCCCGGGCAGGGGGGCAGACGGGAGAGACCCCGGCGGAGCCCCCCAAAGCGCAACUGGAGCAAACGCACUGGAACUGGCAGGAACUGGAAGCGGGGGAGGUUCGAGAAGGUUUCUUCCCCAUUGCCCGGGGCCCCGUGGCCAGGUGGAGAGGCAGGCGGAGCCGGGAGCUGCUCGCCAUCCUCCUGGAGCACAGCUACAGCCAGGGCCCCGGGCGGCAGCCCCGGCGCUAGGGACGGCCACGGGGGGCACGGGGGGCACGGGGGGCACGGGCUCCGGCAGCGGAACCCCGGGAGGCACCGGCUGUGACCCCUCCAAAAGCCAAUCUCCUUCCCCGCUGCUGUCCCCGCUGCCAGCCACGGGCCCCGGAGCCGUGGCCGUCCCACCGAGCAGCAGCUCCUCAGCAGCACCCAGCCUUAAAUCCGCUGCCGGCGGGGCCCUGCCCAGAGCCAGCUCCAGCAUUCCUGCCAACAACCCUUUGGUCACCCAGCUGCUCCAGGGCAAGAGCGUCCCUCUGGAGCAGAUCCUGCCCAAGCCGCUCACCAAAGCAGAAAUGAAAAGUGUCCCGGUGGCUCCUCAGGAAGAGCAGGGGGCAGCAGCCCCCGGUGCAGCGGGGAACGGCGCCGAGGCGGGGGACAGAGCCUCGAGUUUGCCCCCGCAGCAGCUCGGGAAGAUCUUCUGCCAGAACAGGCCCCUGACCCACAUUCCAAGGACCUUCCCGCUCCCCUCGGGAAAGGAGCCCGCUCCUGAGCAGCAGCAGUGCCACGAGGCGCUGAGCAAAUCCACCCAGGAGCAGAUCCUGCAGACUCUCAUCAAGAGGGUGCAGAGGCAGAACCUGCUGCCCGUCCUGCAGCCCUCGCAGCUGAACCUCCCGCACUCAGGUUUCCCGGUGGAAAACAGCUCCACCAGCCAGAGAUUCAUGCUGGGCUUCACGGGCAGGAGGACGUCCAAGCCUGCCAUGUCCGGGCACUACCUGCUCAACAUCUCCACCUACGGCCGCGGCUCCGAGAGCUUGAGGAGAGGCUUCUCGCUGAGCGCCGAGCCCCGCCCGGGGCUGGCCGAGGGCGGCAGGGCAGAGCCCGGGGAGAUGAUGGGCCGGGACAGCAGCAGCAGCAGCAGCAGCGAGGAGGAGGCGGAUGAUGAGAGCUCCGGGGACGAGCGGGAGCGCAUCGGCGUCGAGGAGGAGCCGCGGGCGGGGCAGGGGGAGAAGGAGCGGGGCUCGCACGGCCGCACGGACCCCCCCGGCUCCCCGGGGGCGACGGCCGAGGGGCUCCCGGUGCCGCCGGCCGCCGGCCCCAAGGAGAAGGCGCCGGCGCUGGACGGCAGCGCGCUGGCCCGGGACCUGCUGCAGGCGGCGCAGGAGCAGAUGGCCCACGCCAUCAGGGGCAAGGGCCACGGCAGCACCGAGCUCUUCGGGGCCCCGUCCCCGGACUCGGCGCAGCCGCCGCUGCUCCCCGCCCCGCACCCCCCGAAGCUGCCGGGGAGCUCCGGGCCGCAGCUCCUGGGGCCCAGCUACAGCGGCACCAUCAACGUCUCCACCUCGCCCGACGUGGGCCAGGGCUCGCUCGUCACCGGGCUGUCCGACUGCAACCAGCUGGCCAGCUCCAUGGGCAACGUCAUGUCCUUCUCCGUCACCGUCACCACCAUUCCCACCGGGCAGGCCGUGAGCUCCGGCGGCCACGGGCAGAGCCUCCCGGUGCAGGCGUUCGCCGAGGACGGCGGCAUGGAGGAUCCCCCUUCCAAAUGUUACUGCAGGUUGAAAGCCAUGAUCAUGUGCAAGGGCUGCGGCGCCUUCUGCCACGACGACUGCAUCGGCCCCUCCAAGCUGUGCGUCUCCUGCCUCGUGGUGCGGUAACGGGGGCGCAGCACGGCUCCCUCGGGGGCUGCUCUCCGGAGUAUCUUGGGAAGAAACAGGAAUUUUACUGCCUUGCACAAGAGACACGUUACUGAAUCAGGAAUACAGAGUUAGAGUCCUUCUUUCAUUAACGAAAGAGCACCUUCUUGUACAGGGAGUCGAAAUUGCGCUCGACUACGUGAAUUGUGACAAGAGUUUGCACUUAAGGAAUUAUGUAAAUAUGCCACAAUAUUUUGUUUAAAGAUAUUUUUUCAGUCUUUUAGGA